AUCGCCGAGCGGCGGGAGGGGCCCCGCCGCCAUCUUGCCCCGGGAGCGGCCCGGCCGCCAUGGAUCCGGGCGCGGGGCCGCGCAAGGAGCGGCCGAAGGCGCGGGAGGCGCCGGCGCGGCUGGAAAAGGCCAAGCAGAGAUCGGCACAGCAAGAGCUCAAACAGCGCCAGAGGGCCGAGAUCUACGCCCUGAACCGCGUGAUGACGGAGCUGGAGCAGCAGCAGUUUGACUCCUUCUGCAAACAGAUGCAGGGAGGGGGGGAGUGACCCCCGGGACCCCCCACGACCCCCUGGGACCCCUGACCCCUUUUGUACCCCUGUAUUUAUUGUCCCAUCUUCGUUUUGUACCAAUAAAAUUCGGCUGUUCCGCCA